AUGGCCCCGCCACCGUCCCUGAAGCACAAAAUCGGCACGAAUUAUAACGAACCGGAACCUAAACAACGAAAGACUUUGGUGGAAAGAGCAGGAGAGCCCAGGUCACUCGUGGCUGCCACACCAAGUGCAAGACCCGUCGUGAGAGGUACUUCACUCGUCGGUGCAGGAAGGUCAGAGAUAACAGGCCCGUCUUCCAGCUUCACUCGAAACAAAACAUUUUCUUCCUCCGUAUCAUCACGCACACCAUCAGUAUCUGCUCGCAAUAUGUCAAAUAGCAGUUUCUCAAACAGCGUCGGUCCGGGUCAUAACCGUUCUAUCUCAGCCCACGCAGGUGGCCGUUACCUGGCACCAGCAUCAUUCAACCAGUCCAUAUCGUCUCGACCAACGACCGUCAUUCCAAACUCGAGGCCAUCUUCAUCAUUAGAGGCCACUUCUCCCGACGAAGAUAUCCCAUCCCAAGGCGGGAGACAGGGUAUGCAAUUAUUGCCUUCAAUUCAGUCUUCUGUUACAUCAUCGCGAAGACCUACGGAAAUGCAAGACAGAAGAUCACAUUCGUCAAGUACAAUGAACCAGUCCAACUCUCCACGUUCCUUCAAGGAUACCAGAGAACUCACCGUGAGUACGGCAAUGAGUCAGUUGAGACUAGAUGAUGGAGAGUCAAGUCAGCCGCCAUCAGCUCGAUCACUAUCUCACAACCCUUUUGUCAGUCAUGGCAAUCAUUUAGGAACUGACGGCCCCGAGGGUGCUCUGGUGCUGUUUGAAGCCCCAGAGGACAGCUUAGUUGCUCCACAGUCGCCAUCUAUGAUUCCCGUGCGAAACAAACGCGUUUCUUUGCCUGCUACUCCUUCCAGAAACCUAAAGACCUCCCCCCGCAAAUCUACGCGCAUGGCAAGCAAUUCUAACAAUGAUCCAUUUCUAGCUUGGGAUGUCCGCGGUCGACUCGAAGACAUGGAAACCAUGUACCGUGAAAUGAAAAACAAAAUGGCUGGCACCAAUGUCGAACGCAGUGGCCUCGAAGAGGCAGUCACAAUCUACAAAACCCGAGUCGCCGAACUUGAAACCCUUCGUUCGCAACUAUCAUCAACCAACACAACCCUACAAACUGACUUAGAUGCUAUGCGGAUAAAGUCUGAUAUGCUUCAGCAGAAGCUACUAACAACCAAUUCUAGUCUCGAUGAUCAAUUGAGAGCUCAUCGCAUAGAGCUGGACGAUGCCAAGCGAGAACACCGAAACGAAGUGGACCGCGUCAGACGUGACCACACUGACGAGGUUGACCGCCUUAUUCGUCUACAUCGGGAUGAACUUCACGAGCUGGAACGUCGAACGACUCUUGAACUUGACAACAAAGUUCGAGAUGUAGAAAAGCGGAGCCAUGAUAAUCUUGAAGAGGAGCGAAAUCGCCGGUUGCGGGAAGUUCAAGAACUCGAGGUCCAAAUCACAAAGGGAAACCAGAAUCUGCAUCUAGGGCUUGAGCAAAAGGAACGCGAUCUCCAAAUUAUGCGAGCGGAGCUCGACAAAGUGAAGGGCGAGUUAGAGCGAGAGCAAGCUCUAAAAGAAAGCGCGGAAAAGAGUAUUACGGAACUCAAGGGCGCCUGGCAAAAGACAGGUGUUGAAACAUCUACUAUCAUCCAAACUUUGGAGAGCACCGUCUCCAGUCUCCGAGCACGCAUACACUUUCUCGAAUCUGGCAGCCAGGCCCAGUCUGAUAGUUUUGCCGAUAUGGAAUCUCGACUACAAGAAGCGAUCAGAUCUGCCGAAGUUUCAAAGCAAAAGUUAGUCAAGGAAGAGUCGCUCAGACGAAUUCUGUUCAACCAGGUCCAAGAGUUGAAGGGAAAUAUUCGAGUUAUGUGCAGAGUUCGACCAAUUUUCAACAGCGAACAGAGUCAGGCGGCCAAGCUUAAAUACCCAGACACUGACAAAGAGUCAAAAGAGCUAGAGAUACUAGGCAAGGAAGAAAAGAGCAGUCUCGGCAACGUUACAAGAAAGGCACACUCUUUCUCGUUCGAUCGGGUUUUCGCACCAGAAAGCACCAAUGAAGAAGUUUUCGGGGAAAUUUCUCAGCUAGUUCAAAGCGCGACAGACGGAUACAAUGUCUGUAUCUUCUGCUACGGUCAAACCGGAUCCGGAAAGACUCAUACCAUGUCCUCUUCCGAUGGUAUGAUCCCUCGUGCAACACAUCAAAUCUACGAGACAGCAACCAAUCUUCAAGAGAAGGGCUGGACCUAUACCAUGGAAGGCAGCUUUGUUGAAGUAUACAAUGAGGAGAUUCACGAUCUUCUUGGCAACUCGAAGGACUUUGACAAAAAGAAGCAUGAGGUUCGACACGAUGAGCAGAAGAAGCAGACAAUUGUGACUGGGUUGAGGUCUGUGUCUCUUGAUUCACCAAAUGCCGUCGAAUCGAUUUUGAAGCAAGCCGAUGCCAAUCGCAGUGUUGCAGCAACCAAGUCGAACGAACGUUCAUCACGUUCGCACAGUGUGUUCAUGCUGAAGCUUUUUGGCCGCAACAGUGUCACCAAUGAAACCUCCGAGGGUACGCUUAACUUGGUCGAUCUGGCUGGUUCCGAGAGACUGAAACAGUCUGGUGCUGAGGGUGAUAGAAUGAAGGAGACUCAGAACAUCAACAAGAGUUUGAGCUGCCUAGGAGAUGUUAUUGGAGCUUUGGGUCAGGGCAAAGAUGGUGGUCACAUACCUUACAGAAACUCCAAGUUGACCUACUUGUUGCAAUACUCCCUCGGUGGCAAUUCAAAGACGCUCAUGUUUGUAAUGGCAAGUCCAUUGGAGGCCCAUCUGAGCGAGACUUUGACGAGCUUGAAGUUCGCUACAAAGGUUCACAACACUCAUAUCGGCACCGCAAAGAAGUCAACAAAGGUCCGUGAGCGGAGUAGUGAUGCGUGA